AGAGCACACAAGAUCCCAGUAGAGGCUGUCGAUAAAGGCUUCCCACCACUGGCUGGCCAUUGUACAGUUCUUGUGGAAGUUGUGGAUGUAAAUGACAAUGCUCCACAGUUGACUCUCACUUCCUUGUCUCUCCCUGUUUCAGAAGAUGCCCAGCCAGGUACAGUUAUCACUUUGAUUAGCGUGUUUGACCGAGAUUUUGGAGUCAAUGGACAGGUUACCUGCUCCUUGACGCCCCACGUCCCCUUCAAGUUGGUGUCCACCUUCAAGAAUUACUAUUCAUUGGUGCUGGACAGCGUCCUGGACCGCGAGAGCGUGUCGGCCUAUGAGCUGGUGGUGACUGCGCGGGAUGGGGGCUCGCCUUCACUGUGGGCCACGGCCAGCGUGUCUGUGGAGGUGGCCGACGUGAACGACAACGCGCCGGCGUUCACGCAGUCCGAGUACACGGUGUUCGUGAAGGAGAACAACCCACCGGGCUGCCACAUCUUCACGGUGUCUGCGCGGGACGCGGACGCGCAGGAGAACGCGCUGGUGUCCUACUCGCUGGUGGAGCGGCGGGUGGGCGAUCGCACGCUGUCGAGCUACGUGUCGGUGCACGCGGAGAGCGGCAAGGUGUACGCACUGCAGCCGCUAGACCACGAGGAGCUGGAGCUGCUGCAGUUCCAGGUGACCGCGCGCGACGCGGGCGUGCCGUCUCUGAGCAGCAACGUGACGCUGCAGGUGUUCGUGCUGGACGAGAACGACAACGCGCCGGUGCUGCUGGCGCCUCGGGUGGGUGGCACUGGUGGCGCUGUGAGCGAGCUUGUGCCCCGGUCUGUGGGCUCGGGCCAUGUCGUGGCGAAGGUACGUGCAGUUGACGCUGACUCAGGCUACAACGCGUGGCUUUCGUACGAGUUUCAACCUGUCGCCGCCAGUGCACGCAUCCCGUUCCGCGUGGGGCUGUACACUGGCGAGAUCAGCACGACCCGAGCCCUAGAUGAGACGGACGCACCGCGCCACCGCCUUCUGGUGCUGGUGAAGGACCAUGGGGAGCCCUCGCUGACAGCCACAGCCACCGUGCUGGUGUCGCUGGUGGAAAGCGCCCAGGCACCAAAGGCGUCGUCGCGGGCGUCGGUGGGCAUUGCAGGCCCAGAGGUGACACUGAUGGAUGUCAACGUGUACCUGAUCAUCGCCAUCUGCUCCGUGUCCAGUCUGUUGGUGCUUACCCUGCUGCUGUACACGGUGUUGCGGUGCUCAGCGCCGUCCUCCGAGGGUGCAUGUGGUCUGGUAAAGCCCACUCUGGUGUGCUCCAGCGCGGUGGGGAGCUGGUCAUUCUCCCAGCAGAGGCCGCAGAGGGUGUGCUCUGGGGAGGGCCCACCCAAGACAGACCUCAUGGCCUUCAGUCCCAGCCUUCCUCAGGGUCCCUCCUCUUCAGACAAUGUGAGUCAUAAAUAAUCUUGCUUCCAACACUUUUAAAAUAAUUAGUUCAAUUUGUCUCCUUAAAUUUUCUUUCAUAAUUUCUUUUUUAGUUGAUAACUUUGUACAUAAUUAUUAUUUUUUAGUGUUACGCUGUAUUUGCACUAAUUAUUUGGAAGUACUUUUAAUAUACACUUUUGGGAUACGUAAUACUGUAAAUCAAAAUCUAUGGUUUAUGUUGGCUACUCUCUAUUUUUGGAGAAGGACUUUGCUAACUGGAACAAUGGAUUCACCUUUCUUCUAUAGUGUAUUUCCAAAAUCAAGUGUUUACAUUUCCAUAUUUUGAUAAUACUUAUAAAUGCUAUAAUAAACAAAUUUCAAUAUAUAUUUUUACCUAAUAUUUUAUUCUAUGUACUGUCCCCAUUUUAUAAAAUAUACGUG